AUUGCGCUCCAUCGACGGGAUGACUUGCGAAGCAGCGGGGUUGUUCAUCAGGGCGAGAGCUGGGUUUGGUGUCUGCGUCUGAAGGAUGCCUGCAGGGAUGUGUCACUGCCAGCCCAAGCUUUAGCCUUAACCUGGGGCAGCAAAGCUGGACUCCAACAGGAUUAAAAUAAUUUGAGGCAUUUCCACAAUUUUGCUUACCUUUAGACGGAGGGUAGACAUCUUGAAUUUACUAGUCGGUAACCAGCCGAGUAGGAGCUUUUUACAAGCCUUGAUUGAUUUCAAUAAGGCGUUUUGCUUGAGAAAGGGUUAAUAUCUUGGGGGCUGGAGGCGGGGGGGAGGCUCACAGCAGAUUACCUGGCACACCAAAAAAGUACAUGCUGCCAGCAUCUUACUAGCUGUUAUCUUCAAAAUAGACAUUUCAAUACGCAUAUGCAUAUCAUCUCUUCGAUCUGGCUGUACCCCAUCUCAGCAAAGAAGCUGCCUGCUACUGAUAUUUGGAUUUGGGUCUUCUUUUGCAAUUUCCUUUUGAACAGCUCAUUUUUCAGAUUGUUAUCUGCCGCAGCAGCGUCUCCCGCCCCACAGUAGGAAAUGAGCCAUUUAAGAAUGACAGCCGGCUGAGUAGGAUAUUGGGGGACAGAGCAGUUCAAUAAGGGAGGGGGGAAAUUCCGGCAAGAAACGGACUUUUAGCUUGGCAGUGGCCAACCUGGUGGGGGCCGGCUGCCUCUCCCUGUGCCCCCUGAGCCCUCCCGCGCUCCGCUGGGCACCACCGGGACGCCUCCAGGAAGGAUGAGCGCUUGCGAGUGGUGGGUGCUUGUUACCAUCUCAGCUGUCACCUUGAUCCUAUAUGCUCUUCUUUUGCUGACACUUUACAUCAUGCUCAGCAGGAAAAUAGCCAGCCACUCCUGCAGCAAGCAGGCGAGCAGCAGCCCUGCAGCACAGCCCUGGCCGCCCGCCCCCCCUUCGGCGGCGGGGCAGGGGGUGCACACACCGGCCUAUGCAGGGAGCCAUGACACAUCUUCAGAGACCUCGGAGGACUCGGAGAGCAGCCCCUCCUGCCCGCAGGGCUCUCACUCAGAAGAAAACCUCAAUUACACGUCCCUGGUCUUCCCGGGGAAAGGCUGCAUGCCAGGCUGCGCCGCGGACUACGAGAACAUGAAGACGGGGGCAGACUAUGUCAAUGUGGACCCAAAGAAGAAGAAAGCAGAUUUCUGGCACUGCUCCAGCCCUGUGGCAUCCAAGUCGAUCGAGUACACUGAGGUGAAGCUGUGACAGCCGGGAUGCUGCUGGCAGGGUUUCGGGUCAGACUGCUACCAGCACGGGGGGGAUGGCUAAAGACCCCCGCAGCCACACGGCCAGGGCUUCCCCUUCCCCUCGCCUCCGUCAGCGCCUGGCACGGGCUGAUGCUGGCCAGCUUUUAUUCCUUGUCACACGUCAACCCACCGAUACAAUUUGCUUGGUAUUUUACUUAAAUACAUCACUGUUCCUGAAGGCUGCUGAGCGUGGGAUGGCGCCGGGAAGCGUUCCUCCUGCCCAGGCUGAAAUGUGCUCUCCAGUUUUGUGUGAUGGCCCUUUCUCUCAUUUCAUGAAAGCAAAUGAAACACCCCCCCUGCCCUUCAGGAUGUAGUCUGUGGAGGGAAAUGUAGCGGUCUUCAAAACAUCCACCCAAAUAGGCUGGCGUCUCCUCUGAAUGACACUUUCUUUGCUGAUCGCUGUCAUAAAAUCCGUUUAAAUCCAGCUCCUUCACCAGCUUGGCUCUCGCUGCCUGACAAGCCCUGAUUCAUCACCCUCCCCUGCACACCUUUUCCUUUGAGGCUCAAAGUCUUCCAAGCCCUCAUUGCCCUCAGAGCUGGCCUGGGGUGCCCAUGCAGGUGGCUUGACCCCCAGCCACGCAUCGAGGGGGAUGCCAGGGAAGGAGGGUGACCCUGCCAGGGAGCUUCCUCCCCCAGCUGAAAGCCGUAGUCAUCAGCCCAGGUGGCAAACAGCCCAGGGCUUCCCCGGGGAUUUAUAUCCCCCCUCCUCAAGUGGAGGACCUGGGCUGUGAGGGGCACAGGACUUGACCGCAGGUCUCCAUGUAAGCACAGGCAAGUCAAGCCCCGCUGCAUCUUGUGGGGAGGGGUGGCAUUCCCUGUCUCCCACCUUUUGCUUGUCCUGCUUUGUCCCUGCACCAAGUGCCCUGGGUGUGGGGGCUGGGCUCCCCCAGCUGAGCGAUGCCUGCAGAGCUGUGGAGGGGAGUUGGUGCCCUGCGCUGGGGCACAGGCCACUGACCCCCCCUGUGAUCCCACGAUGUGUGUCACAUUUUCCUUAAAUACUGGCUUAAUUUCCAGGGGACUUGACAUACAGCGCUGCAAUUUUCUCUAACAGCACGGAGCUGGGGACUCUGGAGCUUGCAGAGAUAAGCUUGGGAUUGUGAGCUGGAUGUGCUGGGAAGGCUGUUAUCUUCUCGGAGGUGCUGCUUCCCCUGCUUGUCAUGAUUGCAUUUGUCAGGUCACCUUCAUGCUCCUGAGCUCCAGGAGAGCCAGUGCCUGGCCAGCCCUGCCUGCAGCUCUGGCUCGCUGGCCUCGCUCUGCGGCUGCGAAUGGAGCUGGUUCCUCCCCAUCACUUUGCAUUUUGUUACUUAGGAUUUUUCAAGAAAUAAGCUUUCCAAGUGCUGAGGAAAGGGAAGCUGUGCCGUAGCUGGGAGCUCUAAGGGGGAUGGAGCCCCCUCCGUCAGGGAUGGAGCCGCCCCAGGUGCGUUUCAAACUGACUCAACAGUGAUGCGCUUCAGUGCAAGGUUGUGAGAUGAUGGAUUUGGUGUUGGUCCUGGGGGGUCAGGCACUCCUGGUCUUACAACCUUGUGCAGAUCCAGCCCAGCUAGAAUGGCCCAUGAAGGAAAAGGUUCAAAACCCCAAACAAUCUCUGGAAACAUUGCUAGAGGGCAGGAGAGGUGUGUUUAUGGAAUGGGAGAUGAGGCCAA